UUUCUAAACCUGAAAUCAGGGAAACUGACUUUUCCGGUCACAAGAAGAUGCCUAAGGAGAUACACGCCCGUUAAGGUAGUUUAAAGUCUAUUUUUCAUACAAAACUAAAGGGAUAAACACAAAUGUGAAGUCUUGCGAAUGUGUACUGACUAUAAGUAUGCUGGUCUGACAGAACACCGUCCUCCGUGCUCGUCCCACCUAGCUGCUAUAUGUUUACUUUAUUAAUUGGCUGCAUCUAAAAAUAUCAAAGAUAUUUUCAUUUUAAACAUAGAUAUGAAAUAAUAAAAUAUAACCUACAAUAACUUAAAUGAUAUCAGUGUACUAGGUCAUCAAUUCAGUUUAGUCUGUCCAAUCAGCUGCCUGUAGUGUCUUAUAAUGUCCAGCAGGGGUCAGUAUUCUGUGAGAUAGAAUCAAUGCAGCAUCAAUACAUUUAGGCUUCAGAUGCCUCAUUAAGCCCAGAAUGAAGACAAUGUUUUCUUCCUGAGAACAUGAGGUCAUUUUUUAUCUGCCUGCAGGUGUUUAUUUACCUGUUUGUCAGAGGAUUACAAAAAUCCACCUGAGGGGUUUAUUAUUUUCCUAAAGUCCCUCUGGAUCUGGACUCUUCUGGUACCAGUGGCUUCCAGGUUCUGUUCUGGACCCAGAGGGGGGUUCCACAUAUAGAAGACCAGGCUGAAUGCUUCUGGCUUGGUGUCUGUCCAGGAGGAUGUUUCAUCCAUGCAGGGGGCGGGGCUAACAUCUUCAGGCCCCGCCCCCUGCAGGAUAAAAGCUGCAGCUUCAGGUCUGAUUGUGAUUCUUCACAGAUCAGUCAACAUGUUGCCUUUGCUGAACUUCUCCCUCAGCCCAGAGACAAACACCACCGGAGCCGUGGACUGGACCCAGGUCUAUGAGGCGGUCAGAUGGAUCCAGCUGAUCAUGGCGCUGUUCAGCAUCCUUGGUUCGGGCUCCAUCAUUUGUCUGAUUAUUCCCAGACUCAGCCAUACGCCUGAGCUGCAGCCUCUGUUCCAGCUCAGCGUUGCCGACCUGCUGCUGGCUGCCUGCUGGCUGAUCGGAGCCGUCCUCUACUCGCAGCGCUGCAACCAGCUCAGCCUGCUCUGCUACAACCUGCACACCGUGGAGCAGAUUCUGUACAUGGCCUCCUUCUUCUUCACCCUGAACUAUGUGUGGAACCUCUACACGGUAACCAGGGAGAAGUUCAACAGCUGCUUCAGCGGGUACUCCGUACAGAAGGUGUCCCUGCAGAGCGGAAGGUGUCCCUGCAGAGCGGAAGGUGUCCCUGCAGAGCGGAAGGUGUCCCUGCAGAGCGGAAGGUGUCCCUGCAGAGUAGAAGGUGUCCCUGCAGAGCGACCUGGAGCUCACGUCUUCGCUCUGUUUGCUCCUCAGGCUUUCACUUCGGCCUCUCAGGGUUUCCUCAACUGCCUGGUCUACGGUUGGACCCGCCUGCACCUCCGACGCGCCGGCUUGAUGUUUUUCUCUCGAGACGUGGACACCCAGACCCCCCUGCUGCGCUCCCAGCAGAGCAGGAGCUACCACACCCCUCGCACCAUCGGCUGAGGGGAGCAGAUGAAGUGAAA